CGCGAUCUAACGCGCUCUACUGAACGUUGAACACUGGUCUAGUCACAACUGAUUGGGAGUGAAUCAGGCUUCGUCGAUCAACGGCGUAGGUACGGCUCCGCUGAGCCGUCUGCAUCUCCGGAUAGGGGCUCUCACCGGGGGCUGUGGCAAGUGUCAUGUUCAGAGCUGUUAUAAAACCAGUGGACGGAGUCCUUCCAGGAAGAACCAGCUCCCUUCUACUCACUUUUUCAGCGAUCUUCAUUGUAAAGUCAAAAUCAAGACACCGAACGCGACAAUGGACACCACUAAGACCAAAGUGAUCGUCGUCGGCGCAGGCAUGGCUGGCCCUGUUCUCGCCACCUUCCUCAAGCUCAAAGGCUACAACCCCAUUCUCUACGAGAGAUCUCCCGAGUUCUCAAACGCCGGUCUUGCUCAUGCCAUGCAAGCCAACGGCCUCCGCGUCCUCAACCUCAUCCCCGGCCUCUUCGAGCGCGUCCAGAACGCCGGCCGCCCGCUCAAGAAGAUGAUCCAGAUCGACGCGACCGGGGCAGGCGACAACGUCCUCGGCGAAAUCGACUUCGCCGAGCUGCAAAAGGACGCCGGCUUCGCGACGAUCGGCAUCAAGCGCGCCGUGCUGCACGAUCUACUCCUCACCGUCGCGAAGGAGCACGGGAUCGAGGUCAGGUGGGGACACCAGGCCGUGUCGUUUGAGCAGGAAGAGGACAAGGUGCACGUCGGGUUCGCGAACGGAUUCAAGGACACGGCGAGCUUCGUGGUUGGCUGCGAUGGGUUGCACAGUAACACCCGAACGUCGCUGUUUGGGUACGAGAAGGCGGAUUUCCUGGGGGUGGUACAGACAGGUGGCUUGACACCAUCGAAGUUUGCGUUCGAGAAGGAUGCUAUGCUGGACAUGUACCAUGAGGGCAAGCACAUGGUGUCGUACUCGUACAACGACCACAUGAACGCCUGGGCGAUCACCUCCUGUGAGGAGGAGCACAAAGAGGACUGGCGUGCGCAGGAUGACCAUAUCGCGAACGCCGUCAAAGACCCCAACAGUCGCCUGUCACAGUGGGGACCAGCAUCCAAAGCCAACGACCUCGUCACGAACGCCCAGAAGAUCAUCAAAUACGGACUGUACGACCGACCCGAGCUCAAGACGUGGUACAAGGGGCGGAUCGUCCUUCUCGGUGACGCCGCACACCCCACGAGUCCGCACCUGGGCCAGGGCGCGAACCAGUCCUUCGAAGACGUCUACCACCUCGUGCGCGUCCUGUACAAAUUCAACCCCGACGCCGGCCAGCCGUCCACCGAAACACUAAGCAAGGCAUUUGCCGAGUACGAGGGCGUCCGGCUGCACCGCACGACGCAGAUGGUGCAGGGCGCGCGCGAGCGCGGGGAGAGCAGGGUGCUCGAGGAUCCCGAGGCGAUCAGGGCGCGCAAUAAGGCGCUGAGGGAGAGCUUGAGCGACGAGGGGUUUAAGCAGCGGCUGGUGGAUGUCGUUUCGGGGCCUUUUAGUGGGGAGAGCGAGCUUGGUCCGCUUGGGCUGUAAUUAUGCUACAGUGAACACGGGGCCGGGUGGACUCUAUUUGUGGCGUUGGUAUGCUGUAUACCUCGUAAUAGUAGUGGGCUUGCGAGCGUCAGGAAAGGCAAUUCCCAUCCUCC